AUGGCCCCGGCAACAAGUCUUGCGGCGUGGUCCGACCUCCAGGCGCAUCAUGACACCGUCGGCAAGUCGAUUGUGCUCAAGGAGGCCUUCAAGUCCGACCCGGAGCGCUUCCAGAAGCUGUCUCGCACCUUCACGCUCCCCGGCAGCAUCGCUAGCGGCCCGAGCGGCACCGAGAUCCUGUUCGACUUCAGCAAAAACCUCGUCACCGAGGAGACGCUCGACAAGCUCGUCAAGCUCGCCCAGGAGGCGGGCGUCGAGAAGAAGCGCGAUGCCAUGUUUGCCGGCGAGAAAAUCAACUUCACCGAGGACCGCGCCGUCUACCACGCCGCCCUGCGCAAUGUCGAGAACGUCGAGAUGAGGGUCGAGGGCGUCGACGUCAUGAACACAGCUGGCGGUGUCAACGAGGUGCUCCAACACAUGAAGGUCUUCUCCGAGCAGGUCCGCAGCGGCGAUUGGAAGGGCUUCACGGGCAAGAAGCUCACCACCAUUAUCAACGUCGGUAUUGGCGGCUCCGAUCUCGGUCCCGUCAUGGUCACCGAAGCUCUCAAGCACUAUGGCGCCAAGGACAUGACGCUGCACUUUGUCUCCAACAUUGACGGAACCCACAUCGCCGAGGCACUGUCCAGCGCGGACCCCGAGACGGCGCUGUUCCUGAUCGCGUCCAAGACCUUCACCACGGCCGAGACGACGACCAACGCGAACACGGCCAAGAAGUGGUUCUUGGAGAAGACGGGUGGCAAGGGAGACAUUGCUAAGCACUUCGUUGCUCUGUCGACCAACGAGGCCGAGGUGACCAAAUUCGGCAUUGACGCCAAGAACAUGUUUGGCUUCGAGAGCUGGGUUGGCGGUCGCUACUCGGUCUGGAGCGCCAUCGGUCUCAGCGUCGCCCUGUAUGUUGGUUACGACAACUUCCACAAGUUCCUGGCUGGCGCGCACGCCAUGGACAACCACUUCCGCAGCACCCCGCUCAAGGAGAACAUCCCCCUCCUCGGCGGCCUGCUCAGUGUAUGGUACUCCAACUUCUACAACGCCCAGACACACCUGGUGGCCCCCUUUGACCAGUACCUGCACCGCUUCCCUGCCUACCUGCAACAGCUGUCGAUGGAGUCCAACGGAAAGACGGUCACAUCUGACGGGUCCCCGGCUAAGUACACGACGGGUCCCAUUGUGUUCGGCGAGCCUUGCACCAACGCGCAGCACUCUUUCUUCCAGCUCGUACACCAGGGCACCAAGCUGAUCCCGACCGACUUCAUCCUCGCCGCCAAGUCGCACAAUCCCGUCUCGGACAACCUGCACCAGAAGAUGCUGGCGUCCAACUACCUGGCGCAGGCCGAGGCGCUCAUGGUGGGCAAGACCGCCGACGAGGUCCGCGCCGAGGGCAACGUGCCCGAGAACCUUGUCCCGCACAAGGUGUUCCUGGGCAACCGACCCACAACGAGCAUCCUCGUCAGCGGCCACAUCGGCCCUGCCGAGCUGGGCGCGCUCAUCGUCUACUACGAGCACCUCACAUUCACCGAGGGCGCCAUCUGGGACAUCAAUAGCUUCGACCAGUGGGGCGUCGAGCUCGGCAAGGUCCUCGCCAAGAAGAUCCUCAAGGAGAUUGACGAGCCGGGCGCCGUCUCGGGGCACGACGCCUCGACCGGCGGGCUGCUAGGCGCGUUCAAGAAGUAUUCUAAUCUGUAA